UUGUCAUUUGUCAGUCAUAGUUUUGAGAUUUGAAUUUUGAAUUUACGAUCUUGAUGGAAAAUAUUACAACUUUGAGGGUAGAUUUUCUCGUAAUGCUGUGCAAUGCAAUGCCACCGCCAUAUUUCUCUCUUUUCUGCUGUCGAGGUGCGAAACAUCAGGUCGGCACGUGGUUACACACCCAGAAAUGGAGGAGACGGAAGUCAUCAUCACGGAGUCUGACGCUUCAUAUCCAGUUCUGCUGUUACCCAAAAAAUGUGCAAUGCUCGAAACGAACUGCGAUGCGACCGACAAUGUGUUCUUAGACUUGGACAUAUCAUCUUUGGACAAACACGGAAACCAUACGAACAUAUACAAAGGCUUCUGUAAUGUUAAAAUGUUGGAUGAUGAUGACGACGACGGUGUCCAAGAAAUAGAUGAUCCGUUUGAUUCUGAUAAUGUGCUGGGUGAAAUCACGUUACCGGAGGUUAAUGAUGAAUAUAACAACAACCAGACGGAGAUGCUCAUAGAUCCAACAAGCAAUCCAUAUGUCAACAACAAUUAUGAUGCUAUAGAAGCUGGGGGACACUGCGUGUAUGAAACAGAUGAACACAAAGCUGUGAGGCAUUGCAGCACACUUAUACAAAAUAUAUAUGACAGCAAGGAAUCUAUUCUUUAUUCCCCGUUGAGGGAGUUUGAACACAAAAAGUUUGGACGUGUGCCAAUCAGUGACACCGUUUUGCAAGCCUUCGAACCAACUGAAGAUGAACUUGAAUGUGGAGUGUUCCUCUCUCAGUUGCCCGAGGAGAUAAUGAUAGCAAAUGAGAACAAGGCUCGUGAAGAGAGGAAGUUCAUGGAGACCCCAUGUUCUGAUGAUGCUCUGAAGCAGCUCAUGUCAUCCGACAUGCAGACGUUGGCCAAGCAGCAGCGGACUAUACUGUACCUUGGCCAUAACUCGCACCACGGACAAACUAUUCAAAACAUCGCUGUUAAUGAUCCUAGGAUGAAAUGCUUGGAAAAUGAAAAUGACAACAAAGUAAUUAUAGAAGACAAUCCAGGCCAGAAGAAAUACCAAUGUGACAAAUGCAAACAGAUGUUCCAGCAGUUAUCGGAAUUCAGGCAACAUAUACAGAUCAACCACAACUAUAAGGAUGAAAUUUUUUUCAAAUCCAAUCCGAACCUCCAAUGCACUGAAUGUGGCAAGCAUCUAAAGACAAGAGAGAAGUACGAAGCACACUGCAUGUCUCAUGGAGACCCCGAGUUGGAAUGCAAGAAAUGCCACAAAGUAUUCGCAUCAAAAUUUUCUCUACGCAACCAUAAUAAAAUACACCAGAGAAAAUACAAAUGUACACACUGUAAAAAGAGUUUCCAAACGUUUAACCUCCUGAAAUGUCAUUCGGAGAAGAUACAUUUUGUUUUUCAAUGCAGCUCGUGUGAGUAUUCGUCCACUGACCGUGAAAGUUUACUUGCACAUGAGAAGGAGCAUACGGGUGAAAUCCAUGAAAGUGAUUCCGAUAUCAUCUCACUCAACAUAUGGACGGACAGUCCGGAUGUUAGUAUGGAUUAUAAUAUAGUAGCAUACGAAGCGGUGCAGUCUAAUGAUGAGAUUCAGGGUCCGGAACCUGAUCCGGAUAUGGUGAUAGCCAAGGUGAUGUCCGAUGAGAUAUUCCAUCUGCACGCCAAGAAAGUGAAGAAACACAGGAAAUAUGACAAGACAUGCGGCGUUUGCGGCAAACCAUUCGACCGCGUGAGCGACCUCAAGCGGCACCUCAUAGAACACGUCAUCCGCAGCACCCUCGCCAAGACCCCCGUCAACAGCAACGGCACCCUCACCCUGCAGUGCGAGGUCUGUCGCGUCCACACCUUCUCCCGCGUCGACAAGUACAAGGCACACCUGCGCGAGCACGCCAAGCUGACCAUAUACAAAUGCAUCUUCUGCGACAAAUCCUUCAGUGAUUCCAGCAACUUUUCCAAACACAAAAAAAUCCACGGCACCACAUUCUUCCAAUGCGACUUGUGCCAACGUAAAUUCAAUUCGAAAAAAACCUUAAUUCAACACAUAGAGUAUCAUAACAAACACGGACCUAUAAGUUGUAUUUACUGCGGCGCAAAGUUUUACUUUCCAACCACUUUGAAACGGCAUAUGAAAAUCGCUCAUUACGACAGUGUCGCUCGUUUGAAAUGCAAGUUUUGUGACGAUUGGUUUGGGACUUUGAAGGACAAAUGGGACCACGAGUGGGAUGUCCACAAAGUUAGGAAGAUGAUCGUGGACUGUCUCAUCUGUGGCGCGAAGUUCAGGAAAUAUUCUGAACUGAAAAAACAUUGUCAGUGUUACCAUAAAAUUAAUAUACCGCCCGCUAGGAAGCUGUUGCAAAGAAAGCUCAGGUCGCAUUCAUUGAAUAUUUGAACUCAUAAAUAAAAUGGCACAUUUAAUAGGCUACUUGACACCUUUCUUCAUCAUCAUCUUUUUAAAAUUUUAAAUAUUUUUUUACGAGCCAAAACGCUGUCGGUCUAUAUUUUAACUGAUUCAUGACGUCACGUUAACAAAUCCUUAUCAAACGACAAAAAUAUUAGAUAACAAUUAGUUUGACGUUUAGUACAUCAAGUAACGUUGUGACGUCACAAAAUGGACGACUGCGUUCUUGAUGUUUGGAAAAUUUUAAAAAUACGUGAUUUUUAAAUUAAAAUUUAUAAGGAAUCCUUAACUUUUAUUAAUUAACAAUUCGGACCCUUUUUCCAUACUAUACGAAAUUAAUAUUGUUUAUAAUAAAUUUGAUGUGAGUCAACUACCCUAUUAAAAUUCAUUAAAUAAUUACAUACAGUCGAUACUGGCUCAAAGAAAAAAAAAUUAAAAACUUUUCGAUUUACUACAAAAUAUUUUUUAAACUUCUUGGUUUCAUUUUGGUCAAAAUCUGGAAAAUAUUCUGUAUACUUAAAAUUUAUUGUUUCAUGAAAUUAAUAUACACAACGUAAGCGUUCUUUUUUAAGUUUUACCUAUAUUCAAUAGCUAAAACUUAAAAAAGGUUUUAGUUUUGGAAAUUAUUUUAAUUAAAACUAAAUGCUAGUGGCAUCUAUCGGUUUUGUAUAGGAAUUUCUGAUGUUUCUUUAUACGCGACGACAACGAAACCAUUACGAUUUGAUGUACCUCUAUAGAUUUUUGUUUUUAUUGAUUUAUAUUUUACCCUCUGUAACAUUUUCAUGAAGUGAUUUUUGAAGUAGCGACAUACGAUUGGAAUAUGCACCAAAAUAUUUCUAAAAGAGCAACUUUUUUUUUAGUUAUUUAUUGCACAUAGUCUCAGACCAAUUAUAGAAGGACCUGUAUCGCACUCAUAGUCACGAACAAAAUUGUCUGUCAUUUUCCGAGGAAAACGAGCUUAGAUUUGGUAUAUAUCUUAUACUAAACUUGAAGGUUGUGUCCAUUUUUUACACCAUUCAAUUACACAAAAAGGUAUUUUUACGGAGCUCUUUAACCGACGAACACCAUUACAACUAUUUAACACCGAUUAUAUAGAAACAAUUUUAUAUAAUCGCAUUAGAUCGUUGAUCAUAUACUUUGUCAGAAAAGUAACGUCUAGCGAGGCAGGUCCUAUACAAUAAUUGGUCUGAGCACAUAGUAGGUACGGUACACAAAUGUAAUUUCACAAUUAUUUUGUAUACAAGUUAUCAAUUUAGCAAAUAAAGGUUAAAUAUACUGGGUAAAGUAUAAUAAAACAAACUAAGGGAUGAUUUUAUUUAUAUACGAGUAUUUUAAAAAAGUAGCUGUUGUAGCUUUCGAUCAACUUUUUAUAUGGCUCUUUGGGUAAUUGUUUAAUUGAGACUGAUUUUAUAUAGUACAAAUUAUUAGAUUUAGUAAAACUAAAAAAAAAUCAUUUGAUCUUUUUUAGUUUAAGAUCAACUUUUUAUAUGGCUCUUUGGUAAUUGUUAAGAGACUGAUUUUACGAGUAUACAUAUAAUAUAAAUCAUUAGAUUUAGAAAAACUAAAAAAAAAAUCAUUUUGAUCUUUUGCUAUAUUAAAAAAAAUAAUAAUAAAAAUAAAACGAUUAUUUUAAGAAAAGUAGCUCUCUUUAGCGUUCGAUCAACUUAUUAUAUGGCUCUUUGGUUAAUUAUUAAGAGACUGAUUUUAUGUAGUGUAAAUUGUUAAAUUGAGAAAAACUAAAAAAAAAUUUGAUUUGAUCUUUUAUUUUGAGAAAAACAGCUCUUUUGUAGCGUUCGAUCAACUUUUUAUAUGGCUCUUUGGUAUAUUGUUAUGAGACUGAUUUUAUAUAGGUAGCAUUAAUUAUUAGAUUUAGAAAAAACUAUAAGAUUUUUUCAAUUUUUGCUGUUAAAUCAGUUCUAGUAAAUUUUGAGACUGCCAAUUUUACUAAAGCACUAGUUUUAAAGAUAGAUGAUUUUUUAGAUAAUUAUAAAAUCAAAUACCAAAAACUUUAACCUUUUGAUUUAAUUUCUCAUGUUAUAAAAGUUUCUUAGCGUAUUAUUACUGAACUGCCUAUUAGAUUUAGGACAUAGAUAGAUUUUAUAUGUUUAUUAUUUUUUUGUUAAACUCAUGAUCACAGUUGUUUUAUUAUGAUAUGAUGUUGAUACAUUAUUCCAAAUUUAAAUACAGACCAAAUGCUUAGAUAUUUUGGAAAAUUGUAACACAAAAGAAGGUAUUCUUUUAAAAUUAAUUUUACUCUUUUUUAAUUUUUAAGAAGUUAUUACGAGAACCAUGUUGUGAUUUUUUAAAAUUUUAUUUAUUCUGUUACAUCAAAGUAAUUUUUAAGACUGAUAAUGUUACAAAAGCACUAGUUUUAAAGUGAGGGAUUAGAUAUUUUUAAAAUUGUAUACCAAAAACGUUAACUUUUUGAUUUUAAUACUUAUUUUAUAGAUGUUCCAGCAGAUUAUUACUGAAACUAUGAGAUUUAAGACACAGAUGAAAUUUUUCUUUAGUUUUCGUUGUUAAACCAAUGAUUACAGAUGUUUUAAAGUUAUUAAUCGUGAUAAAUUAUUGAAAAUUUAAAUACAGACAAAAUUUUUAGAUAUUUCGGUAAAUCGUUACUCUUGAUUUUUUUUUAAAUUUUUUUACUAUACUUUAAAGUUAUUUCUUUAUAUGAUUCUUUUAAUUUGUAAAAUUUAAUUGUGUCUGUGUGAAUUACACAUACAAUUUCAGUUUAUGGGUUUAUUACAUAUAUAAAUUAAGAUGAUUUUUAUAUACACUUGUUAAAAGAUGAUAUGGAAAAUUAGAAUUAACUGAUUUUACAUAAUAAUCAAGUUCUUUUGGUGGCUGGGUUUAUUUUUAAUACUUCUUAUAACUCAUAGGAAUUUUCGUCACAGUAUGCCCGUUUUCAAAGCUUUACUGAGAUUAUUCAUAAACUUGUUCGAAGGGAAAUAAUACUGAAUACUGGUAUUCCGAAGGUCUCGAAUGAAAAUUCCUGUGAGUUUUGAACCAUUUUGUUUUACUAGUUUAAUUUCGUUAGAAUAUUUAUUUAACUGAUUUUUUGGUUUAUGUACUUUUAAUUCUAAGAUAAAAUCACACAUAUUAGGUUUACGUUAGAAACCUAUUCUGUAUGACUUACGUUAGAACUAAAAUUUUUUGUUAUUUUUUUUUUUGACAAAAUUUUAGUCACAACCUUAGUUCAAUUUGUACUUAGAAAUUGAACUAUGGUGACUAAAAUUGUGAGAUAGGAUCUCUAUUUUUGUUGACUCAUGUUUUUGUUUGAGAUUACUUAGAUUAAAUUAACUUUAUUUUUCUUAA